CAACCCUCUGAACCCUUCUUGAGCUUGCCAAUACUUCACCAUGUCUGAAAACAAUACCUCCGAGGGAGUUGCACAGACUCUUCAAACUGCACACGAGCGUGUUCACAGUGUCAACCCCUUCAUGGAUCGCGAGUCGUACCCUACCGGAAGCCUCAGAAGCUACAAGAUCUUGACUGCCGCCUCGUGGCUUCUUCUUGUUGUCACCAGCAUCUACUACACCUUCAAUGCGCCCACUGAGGGCAAGCACCACAGAGGCACUAUCUGGCACCAGAACUCUCACCGUCACACUCCCUUCGCUCUUAACUCUAUCAUCACUUCGAUCUACAUGAUUGUGUUGUACAUUCUCCAAGUCGGAUACUGCUGGCACUUGUACUCGGAGAACGAGGUCUACGUCAAGGCCGCCGCUGAUGUCGGCUCCCACUUCAUCUUCAACAACUUGCUCAUGUUCGGCUUCGUCCACUUGUGGUGCCGCAGCCACUUCUGGCUUGCUGAGAUGCUUAUCAUCAUCAACUUCUUCAACCUCUCGGCUCUCUACUUCAAGCACUCGAGAACCCCCAGAUUCAUCCACAUCCCCGUUGUCUCUGGCCCUCUGGCAAUCAACUAUGUUCUCCUGUUCACCGUUGGCGCUGCUGCUGUCAAUGCCCACUCUCUCCCUGCCAGAAUCCUGGCCAACGUCAUGAUUUGGUCCAUCAUGGGCUACGGCUUCUUCUUCCUUGUCGCAUACAAGGACUACACCAUGGGCUUCAACUUGAGCGUUCUCAGCGCUGCUCUCGGUGUUGCUCAGUUCCUCACCCACGUUAUCGCCUUCCAAUGGAUCUUCGCUUUUGUUAUCAUGAGCGUCCUCUUCGUUCUCUCCGUGCUGGUUGGCUUCCCCGGCUUGAUCGGCCAGGAUCCCUUCAAGCGCGGCGCUGUUGUCGACGAGGACAGAGAAAGACAGCCUUUGCUUCAAGAGGAGUAGAUUGGUUCGAAGCUGGUCUGAUAUUCAUGCUUGGUAUGGAGCAACGGAACGGACAAAGAAUGAAACUCAUGUCAUGGUCAAAUCUGGAGUAAUGCUUUAGCGUCGUGUCAAACGAUGCAUACUAAAUGAAAAUACAUUGAAACCGUU